CGUAAAUAUCUGUUAAGUUUAAAUUGUUUUAAGAAUGUGGCAUUUUGUGUAUGGAAGAAUUAAUAUCGAGAAUCGUCAGCAAAUAAAAAUAAUGACGCAUAUCUCGUGCCUUCGUAUUGAAAUGGCCAACUCUUAACAAUUCUCGAUAAUUGUCCGUGCAACAUGGAAGAAACAGAAACCACAAUGGACUUUGUAGACAGCAAAAGGAAACGGUCGACGCAAAAGGCGUUGAUGACGAAAUUAUACAAUGAACUUGAGAAAAACAUGAUGUCGCGUGAUAACAUAUAUCAAGUGAAAGUUUUAUUCCAGAAACUUUACGAGAGAUUUGAACAGUUCAAAAAUGCUCAUCUCCAAUGUUUAGAUUUGUGCUCAGUGCCGGAUGUGGCUGAAAAUUUGGAACUGACGUAUGAAUAUUGCCUACAGAACUUUGUUGAAUUCCGGGAGCGGUUUUCCCAGUGGACAGCAAUUGACAAGAAAACACCGGAAGAGGAUGACGCGUGUUCCGUGGCAAGCCGGAUAAGUUCGGCGUCGUCAGGGUCAGCCAUAUCGGAACUCCGGAACGCGAAGGCUAAACGCUUAGUACUCGAGCAUAAGCUCAAGAAAAUGAAGGAGGGGCAUGAAUUUGAGUUAGCAAGCAAGGAGCUCAAAUUGAAGAAACAGAUGUUUGACACGCAGUGCGAGCUGGAGGAAGCGGUCCUAGAGGAAUCCGUGUGGAGGGAGGCAGACUGCGACAAGUCCGGGACUAAGACCGAUGAUGAGGACCGUGCCGCGAUUAACGUUUCCAAUCUGGCACCGAGAUCUGCAACCGAGUAUCCGGGGCCUGAUGUGCACGUGGACGGUGGACGGGCGGGCGUUUCAUCGACCGGAAGUGUAGGUGUUUCGGACUUAUUUGCGCGCACGAGUGUUACGCACACGAGUGUGACGAACCCGAAUGCAAAAGCGUCUACAUCCGAGGACCAUGGCCAGCGUGACUUACGGUCGACACAGCAGUCUACGCACAACAACUCAGCACUAGCGGUAAAUUCUACUAGCGACAUCAGCGUAUCGCACGUGGACGACAGAACAGUAACGUCGGCGCCGUCUAAAGAGCAACCACCGACGGAAGUGCCUCUACCCAAAGUGAACAAUCUCAUAAGUAAGGAGGACGCACCGGGAGCCAGCGACCGAAAGCCGACUCCUGAGCGCCAAAAGCCGAACCCGACACCGGCGCCUACUAUGCGGCCUAAAGAACAUAAGGUGGAGCGUACGUUGCCACCGGCCGUAGAAACAUCGAAACCGAUGGGUCGUGGCGCAGAGAGGCAUGGGGAGCGGGUAGUCGUCAAGCCGGCACAGGCCACCGGCGCCGACAACACUAAAACGUUGGAGGAAAGGGAUAGAAAACAAGGUCAACUUCAAGGUGUGGCGGGUCGUAGUACGCAAGAGGAGGACCGAAAACGUAGAGAGAAAUUCACCGGUUCCGAAUUUAGCGACGGGACCAACGCGUCAACCAACAAGUACAGACCGACGCGGACCCACUUGCCAUCAGACGACCAUGGACCUUCCGGUGUGCACACCUUGCCGGCGGUCUCUAUCGACCCAGAGCCACGCCGGAUAUCGCCUGAGCCGGAUAUUCGGCAGAAAGUCGCGAUGGAUCUGAAACGAAAGAAGGCAUUAAUGACCAUAGAAAAGACCAUGGAUAGCAAACACAAAGCCAGGGACAGUCGCAGUAGGAGCAGAUCAACUAAAAGAAAAAAGAAGAAAAAGUCCCUCAGUAGAAGUCGUUCAAGGUCAAUGUCAAUGGCACGCGAAAGAAAGAAGAAGAAAAGAAAAGAUCGCUUAUACAGUAGGAGUAAAAGCAGAAGUGUGGAGAGAAAAGAUAGAUACAGGGAGGAGAAGUACAGCGCCGAAGACAACGUACGGAGGGGACACUUGUCUCUGGGACGGGUUGUCAAGGUCAUUCCUGGAAGGGAUGGGCACGUGCGUAGCUGUGUAGUUCGGACUCGGGGUUCCCAAUCAGUGAAACCUAUUACUAAACUGUGCUUGUUAGAGACUGCGAUCUAGGGCUCCAUAGAAUUUUACAAUCCUGAACUAGGGUUCUUAUGAAUGUAUUAUUUGAAUGACGUAUGACUCGCGGUUAUUGAACCCUGACUAAUUUUUAGUUUAAAGGUUAUGUAUUUCAUGUAAUUUAUGUAAAUUGUAUAACAAUUUUAACAUUAUCACAUUAAAUUGAUAAUACUUGUAUAAGUCACUUUAAAAUUGAGUGAAUCGUUAUAUACAAUUAAAGACUUUUUUUAUUUUAUCAUCUGAUAUAGAGUGUCGAUGUAAUUUCUUUCAACGAUGAUGGAAUUGUUUGUCACAGUUAUGUUUGUUAUGCAUUUGUUACAAUUGACAUAAAAUAUGCAUUAAUGAGUCAAUGUGUAUCAUUAAUAAUAACUUUAAGUAUAUAAUACUCACCUGUCCAGUUUUUAAUGAUGCGGUAUGAAUGUUAUAUGUGCAUAUGUGAUGAUUUCAUACAUGAUAAUUAUAGUUAAUGAUGUAACAUAUAACUAUGUUCUUUAUUCAGAUUAUUAAUGGUGAAAAGAAAGGAGAGAAUGCUAGCAAACUUAUUUCGUUGUGAAUGAAAUUACCUAUUAUUGCAUAUGUUUGUACUUAUUCUUAUCACAUAUUAUGAUUUUUUUUAAUGAUAAGUAUAUUAACUUACUGAAAUUAUUUUCAGACUUAAGUUUAAUUGACUUAUCGUACGCAUGACUGUUUUGGGUUUCCCCUGGUAAAAUAUUGUUUACCUUGUCAGUGUCAUAGUGAGUAAUGCUUAUCUGCUUUAUGCAGAAUGUAUAUAUAUGUGUUUCAAUUAGUAUGGCUAAUUGAAUAUUUAAUUGACAUUAAGAUGUCUCUUGUUUAAAAGAUUACAGUUCACUAUGCAUGAUAUGUGAUGAAAUACUGAGAUAGUUCAUUGGGAAGGCGGAAAACUACAACGGGCGAGGCAUGGUAUGGUAUUGCGCAAGGGGGGGGGGGGGGGGUAGAGGGUUAGGGUUAGGGUUUGGGUUAGUGUUAGGGGUCGGGUUAGGGUUUGGGUUAGCCUAAACCCAACCCUAACCCUAACCCGACCCCUAAUCCUAACCCUUACCCUAAUCCUUUUUUGGGGUCAUCACCCCUGACCAUGCCUCGCCCGUUGUAGUUUUCCGCCUCCCAUUUCAUUGUGGGGAGUAUAAGAACCUACGCUCUUAUGUUUCUGUUAACGCCGUUCGGGAAAUUUAAUCAUAACGUUGGCGCGUAAAUCUGUUACGUUUAAAUUGUUUUAAGAGUGUGGCAUUUUGUGUAUGGAAGAAUUAAUAUCGGUAAAUAUAUUGUUGGUACUUAUAUUGUAUAUGUAUUUCUGUAUGUAUUAUCAUUAUUAUUACAUACGCGCAAUCGUUUGAAUUAUUUAUUUAAAUACUAUGUUAAUAAUUUGGUAUGUUUGACUGUAUAUAUUAUAAAUGUAUUGUAUUUAUUUUAGAGAAUCGUCAGCAAAUAAAAAUAAUGACGCAUAUCGCGUGCCUUCGUAUU